AUGGAGGAAAAAAAUCAAUCAGAAAAAAGAAAUAAAUCUAAUGGGCAAUUAUGUUUUGUAAAGAUGUUAGUCAAUAAUUUAGUUGCUGGUUCUGUUAUAGGUAAAAAUGGUUCUAUAAUUACAAGUAUAGAAAAUAAAACAGGUUGCAAUUUAAAGUUAUCACCUAAUAAUUCCUAUUUUCCUAAUACACAAGAAAGAGUAUUAGUAUUAUGUGGAAAACAAGAGCAAAUAAAUAGCGCUCUUUUAAUAAUUUUAGAUAAAAUUAGACAAAUAGCUUCUCAUCAUUUUUAUGAUAAGCAGAAUCCAAAUGCAACACCAAAAUAUACAUGUAGAAUAGUUGUACCAAAGUCAGCUGUAAGCGCAAUAAUUGGUAAGGGAGGGCAACAAAUCAAACAAUUACAAGAUUCUACUGGAUCAAAAAUUCAAAUAUCAAGUCGUGAGGAUGGUUUAAAUGAAAGGAUAAUUACUAUAAUUGGCACUUUUGAAUCAAUUAGUGAUACAGCUUUGAAAGUAGCUAAUUCUAUACAGAGUGAUCCUAAUUUAAAAGAUUUAUUAAAUGUUAUUUAUAAUAAAGAAUCUAACUAUAAUUCACGAGCAUUAACUCAUAACUUUAUUAAUCAACUUCAUUUAAAUGGGUAUGUAAUACCACAACAAUAUGGAGUUUUUCAACAUGAUCAAUAUAUGGAUGUAGGAAUGAUGAAUUCUCUAAUGAGACAUAGUCGUGAUUUAUUUAAUUUACCAUGUGAAAUAUCGAUACAAAUUCCUGAUGAAUUCAUUGGAUCCGUUAUUGGAAAAAACGGUUCCAGACUUACAAAUAUUAUGAACAGUACAGGUGCACAAAUAAGAAUAAGUAGAAAAGGGGAAUUGAUACCUGGAACUACUGAUAGAAAAGUUAGAAUAAUAGGAACAGUUGCAGCUGUACAUGCCGCACAUGUCUUACUGUUACAACGAUUAGAAUCUGUUUAUAUGCAAAUAAGAACUAUGCAAGUAAAAUGUGAUGCGUAA